AUGGCAGCAGCAACGCGAGCCAAGCACGUGCUCGUGACGAUCCCUGCGUCCAACUUCUGCGAGAAGGCGCGCUGGGGUCUGCGCGCGGCCAAGGUAGACUUUGUCGAAGAGAAGCAUGCGCCUCUCUUCCACUACGCCGGGACCGUCUCCAAGGGCGGGCGCAGCGUGCCCCUUCUCCUCGUCGGUGGCACCAAGAACAUCUUGAAGUCGAGCGAUGAGAUCAUGACCUUCUGCGGCAAGUCGCUACCGGCGCUGUACCCGAACGAUGCGGUCAAGGCCAAGGAGCUCUACUACGACAACAAGUUUGGCCCGCACGCCCGCCGGUACGCCUACCACACGCUCUUUUCGAUGGGCCCGGUGGGCCGCGCCGUCCUCACGGACCCGCUCGAGAGUGCAGCGCUCUCGGCCACCGUCAGCGCGGUGUAUCCCGUUCUCAAGUCGCUGCUCAUUCGGUCGCUGAACGUCACGCCCGACGGCGCAGAGCGCUCGUGGGCUAAGAUCGAGGCCGAGUUUGCUCGCGUUGACGACAUCCUGGGCGCAGCGCCGCUGGGCUCGACAUACUUGGCCGGCCCAACGUUCUCAGCCGCCGACAUCUCGUUCUGCUCGCACUUCCAAGAGCGCUACGAGUACCUUCGCCGCUCCAAGGCCGGGCAGUUCGUCUUGUACUGCUACGAGCACCACUACCCUUUGUUGCCCGAGGCCAAGCUCUAG